UCUGAUUGUUUGAAUAUUUUGAAAUGACAAAAUGCUACAGUGCGGGUUUGUCCUGUCCAUUUUUAUUUUGUUCAGUCAUUCAUAGAAAAUUUUUCAGUUCAGAGUAAGGGAUUGUUGUGACUUACCAAUUUCAUAGGGUUUAUAUGGUUUGGACCUUUUAUCUGAUUUGGAACCUGACUGUGAGAAAGUGGUGAACAUCUGUAUAAGAACCAGAGAUAAUCGAUGCUUUGGAUGCCAGAUAUGAUGACAGAAUCUCAGUAAUUAUGACAAGAACUGAAUAGGGUGGUGCUCUGACAUUGCUUAUGGGUAUUUUAACAGACAUAACUACAGUAAAAUGUCAUAACUACAGUAAAAUGAGUAUUUGUUUCCAUGUAAACACUGAAAGGGGCAUGGACUGGGCAUCAAUUCAAUUAAAUUCAAUUUUGUUUGUAUAGCGCUUUUUUCAAAGGGCCUUUGUCACAUGGCAGCUUUACAGAGAAACCGGGCCCCAAGAGUACACCUAGGGCAACAGUGGCGAGGAAAAACUCCCUGGAACAGGAAGAAACCUUGAGCAGAACCUGACUCAGUAGGGGAACCCAUCUGCCCAUCUGACACAUGUCACCGUUAUGGCUGAUCCAGGCUCGUGCCUAAAUCAUUUGAAGCAAGUCUUAAGACGACUGUAUUAAAGUAGGCUUGGUUAAUUAUAAUGACUUUAGGAGUUAUGAAACAAAUACAUUUACCUAGACAUUCUCCUAAAUCUGACGUAAGUUCAUUUUAACGUUGAGGUCUUAACCUCUCGUGUGCGCGGGGUCGUUUGGUCACAUUUAUAUUUCGCUUCUGUGCGCGUGCUACUUCCUUUCAUUUUGUACUCCUGGACGCGCGCCAAGUUCUGCUGACGGUUCUGCUGAAAUGUGAGAAUAUUCGCUAGACGAUAUAGCCUGAGACAUUUUCUGCGAUCAAUGGAAAAUCUGCUGAAGAGGAUAUUCCUUUGAAACGAGGAUACGUCACCUUUAAAUAAAACAAGGUCUGCUGCAGAGGACGGGAUGGCCACGGAGGGGGAGGACGAGGGGCUGCCCCAGCAGCACUGGGGUGUGUUUGGGUCUGAGGAUCUGGACUCCAGGCUGCUGUCCCACACGCUGCGCUUUGUGGAGACGCUGGAGGCCCAGUACCUGUGCCCCUGCUGCAGCGGGGUGGUCAUCAACCCCCACCAGGCCAGCUGUGGCCACAUCUUCUGCCUGCGCUGCAUCAGAGCUCUGCUGGAAAACGGCUUGUCAGCAAAGUGUCCCAAAGACCAUGCCUUCAUUAAGUCUAAUGAGGUUUUUCAAGAUAACUGCUGUAAAAGGGAAAUACAGAAUUUAGACAUCUACUGUACCAACUAUCCAGCCUGUGCAUACACCUUUCCUCUGUGUCAUCUGCAGGAGCAUCUGAAGACAUGUCAGUUUGAGAUCAUUAAGUGCCCCAACCAGGACUGUCCUGAGACCCUGCCCUGCGCUGAGCUGGAGGAUCAUACCAAAAACCACUGCCUCCACCGCCUGGAGCCCUGCCCUCACUGCCACCAACAGCUCACACUCACCCACAUGAAGGACCAUGAGAACACUGUCUGUCCCGAGGUGAAGGUCCCCUGCCCCAACAAGUGCACCCAGAUGAUGCAGAGACACAUGCUGAAGGAACAUUUUAGUCAGUGUCCUGAGUUGGAGACGGACUGUGUGUAUAAGAAAUAUGGAUGUUCGGUCAGGGAAAAGAGGGCGAAGGUUCUGGUCCAUGAGGAUGCUGCCCUGAAUGAACAUCUGCUCCUGGUGUUGGAGAACAACACCAAGCUGGAAAAACAGAUCCACAGCCUCCAGCAGGGCAUGUCAGUGGGGCAAGAGCAGCUGCAGGACCAGAGGAGUGCUGUGAGCAGUCUAGAGCGUGCGGUGCAGCAGGUGACUAAGGAUGACCUGGCGCUUUCUUCUGUGCAGAGGUCAUUGGAGGACCAGCGGGGCCGGGUCUCCAACAUUCAGCUCCAGCUAAAGCAGCUUUCAUUGGCCUUUGGCCAGGACUCCACCCACACUGAGCUGGCUCAGCUGCGGGGCUCACUGGGCACGCUCAGUCAGCAGGUGUCUGUCAUCGAGGGCCUGAAGGAGCAGCUUGGUGUACUGGAGGACAGGUACCUGCAGCACUCACGGCUGCUGGACAUCCAUGUGGACCAGCUGCAGCGCAACGAGGAGCGCUUCCAGGAGCUGGAGUCCACAUCCUACACCGGGAAGCUCAUCUGGAAGAUCCGCGACUACCAGAAGAGGAAGGAAGCGGCCAGCAGGGGCCACGCCCCCGUGAUGCUGAGCUCUGCGUUCUACACGGGCCGCAGCGGGUACAAGCUGAGCGCGCGGGCGUAUCUGAGCGGGGACGGGGCGGGCCGGGGUACACACCUGUCCCUGUACGUGGUGCUGAUGCGAGGCGACUUCGACUCCCUGCUUCCCUGGCCUUUCCGCCAGACCAUCAGCCUCUCCCUGCUGGACCAGAGCCCUGCCCGAAACCACGUCAGUGAGUCCUUCCUACCCGACCCGGCGAGCAGCAGCUUCGCCCGCCCCGUCUCUGACACGAACGUGGCCUCCGGCUUCCCCCGCUUUGUUUCCCAUGGCAACCUGGAGGCCCCCAAGAACGCCGCCUACGUGAAGGAUGACACUCUCUUCAUUAAGAUCAGAGUGGACACCUCCAGCCUGGAAGACCUGUAGUACAGGCUCAGAAACCUGGGGCUGCAUGUUUGACACCAUGGAGGGGCACUGCCUUUGUAUCCCUGAGAAAGGAAUCACCUUGACCUGCUAGAGUAAAUGUAUAUGUAUGAAUGGACUGCAUGUAUUAAAUGGUUAAAUUUCUGAAUGCAAAUGUCUUCCGUUAAGCAAGUAGCAUCGCUGCAUUUAUGAUGUCUUCAACACCAGUGGCAGUAACAUGAUGGUGACAGUGAGCGGGCAGAAAUUUAUUCUGGUUCUGGUUAGAAUCUUUCAUAUGCCUUCAUUUUAAUUCAUAUAUUACAUUUUUACUUAAGACUUGCAAACAGGCAUUGUCUUCUCUCAAAAAUUAGUGUGAUUGGCUCAUUCUAUGUAGUACAAAAUAUUCAACAAAUUUCAACAGUAUUUAAUUGGUGUCAUUCUCAGAAUAAUAAUUUGUAAUCAUUUAUAAUUUGUUAUUUAGCUAAUGCUUUUAAUGAAAGUGAAGUGCAGUUGAUUAAGUGCUUACUGAGUGUAUAUGAAAUUAAUGAAACCUUUAAAAAAUAACUACUGAAACAAAACAGUAUGAGACAGUCACCAGGAACUGAAGAUAUUAAGAGAGCAGGUGGACCACACUGCCUGGCCAGAAUUGGUACAGAUUUAGCCUGGAGUUGCUGGCUGGGAUUUGGCAUGUUCAUCUUUCUGCACUUUAGGCUGGUGUGUAUGCGUCAGGUGUCGUCUCUGAGCAUGAUUGAGAAUAAUCUUUAUCCAAAUGGUUCUUGAAAUUGAAUUCAUGGAAACUAAAUGUUCCCUUGAAAAAUCAGUAGACAUUUUUCAAUUAUGUGGGUGGUGCUUGGAUUUGCGUUUUCUGAAGAUACAGUGCAUCCGGAAAGUAUUCACAGCGCUUCAGUUUUCCCACAUUUUGUUAUGUUACAGCCUUCUUCCAAAAUGGAAUAAAUUCAUUUUUUCCCUCAAAAUUCUACACACAACACCCCAUAAUGACAAAGAAGUUUUUUGAAAUUUUGGCAAAUUUAUUAAAAAUAAAAAACAAAGAAAUCACAUGUACAUAAGUAUUCACAGCCUUUGCUCAAUAUGUUGUUGAUGCACCUUUGGCAGCAAUUACAGCCUCAAGUCUUUUUGAAUAUGAUGCCACAAGCGUGGCACACCUAUCUUUGGGCAGUUUCGCCCAUUCCUCUUUGCAGCACCUCUCAAGCUCCAUCAGGUUAGAUGGGGAGCGUCGGUGCACAGCCAUUUUCAGAUCUCUCCAGAGAUGUUCAAUCGGAUUCAAGUCUGGGCUCUGGCUGGGCCACUCAAGGACAUUCACAGAGUUGUCCUGAAGCCACUCCUUUGAUAUCUUGGCUGUGUGCUUAGCGUCAUUGUCCUGCUGAAAGAUGAACCAUCGCCCCAGUCUGAGGUCAAGAGCGCUCUGGAGCAGGUUUUCAUCCAGCAUUCAUCUUUCCCUCAAUCCUGACUAGUCUCCCAGUUCCUGCUGCCACCACCAUGCUUCACUGUAGGGAUAGUAUUGGCCAGGUGAUGAGCAGUGCCUGGUUUCCUCCAAACAUGAUGCCUGGCAUUCAUGCCAAAGAGUUCAAUCUUUGUCUCAUCAGACCAGGGAAUUUUGUUUCUCAUGGUCUGAGAGUCCUUCAGGUGCCUUUUGGCAAACUCCAGGUGGGCUGCCAUGUGCCUUUUACUAAGGAGUGGCUUCCAUCUGGCCACUCUACCAUACAGGCCUGAUUGGUGGAUUGCUGCAGAGAUGGUUGUCCUUCUGGAAGGUUCUCCUCUCUCCACAGAGGAACGCUGGAGCUCUGAUAGAGUGACCAUUGGGUUCUUGGUCACCUCCCUGACUAAGGCCCUUCUCCCCCAAUUGCUCAGUUUAGACGGGCGGCCAGCUCUAGGAAGAGUCCUGGUGGUUCCGAACUUCUUCCAUUUACGGAUGAUGGAGGCCACUGUGCUCAUUGGGACCUUCAAAGCAGCAGAAGUUUUUCUCUACCCUUCCCCAGAUUUGUGCCUCGAGGCAGUCCUGUCCCGGAGGUCUACAGACAAUUCCUUUGACUUCAUGCUUGGUUUGUGCUCCGACAUGCACUGUCAACUGUGGGACCUUAUAUAGACAGGUGUGUGCCUUUCCAAAUCAUGUCCAGUCAACUGAAUUUACCACAGGUGGACUCCAAUUAAGCUGUAGAAACAUCUCAAGGUUGAUCAGUGGAAACAGGAUGAACCUGAGCUAAAUUUUGAGCUUCAUGGCAAAGGCUGUGAAUACUUAUGUACAUGUGAUUUCUUAGUUUCUUAUUUUUAAUAAAUUUGGAAAAAAAAAAAAAAAAAAAUUAUUUCAUUCACCCUAACCCUAACCCUAACCCUAACCCACUACACACAGUACAUACAAAGCUAAUUAAUUACCUACUGAAUUAAAGGUAAUUCUUUUAAUUCUUGAGUAAACACACUGAUGCCUAACCCAGUUUCACUCCUUUGGCUUCAGAGGAUUAUCUGGUUAUUCCUGGUUACUGCAGACUGUGUUUGUUUACUGCAAAUAUGUCUGAAAAGCCUGUACCAAUUUUGAUGCAUUUCACAAAUUGCUGAUUGAAUUCCUGAAGCAGGAAACCUUUUUUAGUUAAUAGUUUUGUCUGCUUACCCAAUAAUAAUUUCAGUAAAACAGGUCAAUAUAAUGUGUCAGUCAUUUUAUGAUUGAAUUUUAUGAUGAACAUAUUAUUUCUUUUAAAAUGUAAACUUAAAAUAGUAUUUUUGUAAUUCCAUUGGAAUACAUUGUGUGGUAAUAAAGUAUUUGCGUUUCUCUUUUA